AUGGGUGAUGUAUUUUUACGUCCUAUGAUGAAUAAUUUAAAUAAAAGUCGAGGAUCUGUUUCAGCUAUUUUUGGAAUUUUAUCAGCAGUGUCUCUUGUAACAGGAUCUAUUGCAACCAUAUUUACAAAUGCAUAUGGUUGUCGAAAAGUUACUAUAAGUGGGACUUGCUUAGCUACUACCGGUUUUUUAACAAGUUAUUUUUGGGCAAAUCUUUGGCUUUAUUAUCUAACAAUUGAUAUUACUGGAGUUUCUAUUUUGAAAAAAAAACGUUCUUUUGCUAUGGGUAUUGCGAUUUGUGGUUCAGGUUUGGGUACAAUGAUAUUUCCAGCUGUCAUGCCAUAUAUUAUCAAUGCACCAUUGUGGUUUGAUUAUGAAGAAGCUCUUCUACUUGAAGCAGCCAUUAUCUUUACUUGUCUUAUAUUUGGUACUUUAAUGAUUCCUUUACCACAAGAACCAAGUGAAAUAAGACGUGUAGAAAGAAAAGCACAAGCAGCAGCUAAACAACAAAUAUUCAAAACAGGAAAUGCAACUAAUCAAAAUGAUAAACAACAAAAACAAUUACUUCUAACGAAUCAAAAAAGUGAUAUUCCAUCAGAAGAAGUAGAUGCAGUUUCAAAAAAAUCAACUAUUGUUGUUUAUGAUGAACAAGAAUGUCUAUCUAAUGAUAAAUGUCUAGUAUUUCUAUCAGAUUUGAAGAAGAAUAAUCUUAACAUUAAUAAUUCAAUAGACGAAACUCAUUCGAGAUCUUAUGAAAAUGUAUCUGAAAUAGUAAAAACGAAUGUACCAGUAGCAAUUGCACGUAAAGAUGCAAUUUAUCAAGGUCGUUUACAUAAUAUACCUUUAUAUAAUGAAAAUACUGAUGAAUAUCAUCGUCAAAUGAUAAAAACAAGUCACACAAUAAAUAAAAAAAACUCAGAAAAUGCUGCAUUUACUUUAUUUGUUAUAUCGAAUAUUUUAACAAAUCUUGGUUUUUAUGUUCCAUACAGUUUUGCUAAUGAUUUAGCUGCUGAUGCUCAAGUAAUUGAACAUAAAAAACAUUGGAUUAUAAUGUCAAUUGGUAUACGUAAUUGUUUUGGUCGAGUUAUUAUCGGUUAUUUAGCUGAUCGAUCAUGGGUCAAUCGUUUAAUAUUAUAUAAUAUAACAUUAAUAAGUGGUGGUAUAGUAACAAUGUGUGCACCAUUUUGUAAUUCUUUUGUUCAAACACAUGUGAUAUAUGCUGGAUUAUUUGGAUUUUUUUCUGGUGGUUAUGUUGAUUUAAAUAGAUGGAAAAUGAUGAUUAUUUUAGACAAAUUUAUUUUUAUUUGUUAG